GCAGACUGGAAAAUACAAGUCGAGACGAGUCGAGUCUAGUAUUGAAACCGAAAUAAAAUUCGAGCUACGGAGUUCCUUCUCGGAGUGUUAGUUGGGUGGUGCCUGGAGAGGGGAGCCAGGGCUUGCAGGGCGGUGCGUGAAAUUCGAAAUAUCGACCAAGAGUGCUUACAAACAAAGUAUUUACUUAAGUAAUCCACCGAAAAAAAAAUCAAAAAAUAAAACAUCUUUAAAGUAAAGAACCCACCAAAUCAUGUCCAAGGCACAACCCAUGUCAAAGUCCUUUACGGACGAGGAUCUGGCCAACAUACGUAAGCCCAGACCCUUCCAUCUGGGCCAGUUCUUAUAUAACUCCGAGACGGGCACGGUCAUGAACAGGGAUCGUGCAUCAUGGGCCAAGAUUGGAAUAUUCUAUGUGGCCUUCUAUGGAGUGCUCGGCGCCUUGGUGGCCAUCUGCAUGUGGGUCUUCUUCCAGACCCUUGAUCCUCGCAUCCCCAAAUGGACCCUCGACGAAUCGAUCAUCGGCACGAAUCCAGGUCUCGGCUUUCGUCCCCUGCCGCCAAUGGACAAUGUGGAGAGCACUCUGAUCUGGUACAAGGGAACACAGCAUGAGAACUACAAGCAUUGGACAGACUCCCUGGAUGACUUCUUGGCUGUGUACAAGGUGCCUGGCCUGACUCCCGGUCGCGGUCAGAACAUCUACAACUGCGACUACAACCAGCCGCCGCCGAAGGGCCAGGUGUGCGAUGUGGACAUCAAGUCGUGGACUCCCUGCACAAAGGAGAACAACUACAGCUACCACAAGAGUGCCCCGUGCAUCUUCCUGAAGUUGAACAAGAUCUAUGGCUGGAUACCGGAGUACUACAACGACUCGAAGGACCUGCCCCAAACGAUGCCACUGAGCCUCAAGACCUACAUUGCCGAGGUCGAGAAAACGCAGCCGCACAAGCUCAACACGAUCUGGGUGUCGUGCGAGGGCGAGAACCCUGCCGAUCAGGAGAACAUUGGAGCUGUCAACUACUUGCCCGUUCGGGGCUUCCCCGGCUACUUCUAUCCCUACCAGAACUCCGAGGGAUACCUGAGUCCUCUGGUGGCUGUUCACUUCCAGCGUCCCAGGCGUGGCAUCAUCAUCAAUGUGGAGUGCAAGGCCUGGGCCCGGAACAUCCAUCACGAUCGCAAGGAGAGGAUCGGCUCGGUGCACUACGAGCUGCUGAUUGACUAAUCUGGGAUCGAUCAGAUGGAUAUGAUGGAUGUUGUGAACUAUUAUAUGUAGACCUAGGAGACACACCGUACGGGCGAUCCAGAGUCCACGAGACACCAAAUCUAUGAACGUUGCUAAAUUGCAAAAUUAAUUGUGAAACAGUCCCACGCGAAACAAGAAACAUUUUUUGGAUAUAACUAUUUACUAUUUACCAUUUACCGUUUACUAUUUAAUGUGUAGUCACCUUUACACGAUAUUUUGAAAUUUGAAAACCCCAUAGAUGCUCCGUAAACCACAAAUUAACGUAAAUUUCUUAGAUAUCACAAUUUAAUAAAUUCGAAUCUCUUCUUAUACAGAAAAUAUAUAGCUAUAAAAAAUAUAUAUUUAGCGAGAAUGUAGUGUACCGCCUAAGAGAUGAUUUUAAUGAUUAUGAGCAAUGUUUUUGCAUUACAAAACAAACAAAAAACAAAACAAAAUAAUAAUGAUAAAUUUCAUAAUAGUUUACAAAACUGAAGGCCGAAAUGGGGAAAGAAAUUAAGAAGAACAACAUUAUUAUUAUAAUAAUACCAUCCCUAAUAAUAAUAAUAAUAAUAAUAACGAAGGCUAGCCAAGUAUGAAUCUCAUUAAGCGCUGCGAAAAAUGUUUUAAAUGAAAAUCAAAUUCAAACUGCCAUUUCAACAAAAUUUGACUACCAUUUCUGGCAAAAGAGAGAUAAAUAAAAGUACAUUUUAAACACAUAAUCGCCCUUUAGAUAUUUAAAUUUAUAAUGAUUACUAUAUAGCGAAAGAAAUGUUUACUAACUGCACCGACAAAUCCUUUUACUAUACAUUUACUCGUGACCACCACAGACCAAUUUUUGUGAACCAAACGAUCCCCUUAAUAUUACGUAGUUUCAGUGUAGAUCAUAUUUUUAGAGAAAUGUUAAAGCCCAUCCGCAUUACAUGAAAACAAGCAAAGAGACAAAGUUUAGGAAUUGAUAUUGGCAACAGAAACAGAACAGAAAAAGAACAGAAACAGAAACAUAAUUUAAUUGUAAGCUCCACUAUUAUCUAUCUACAGAGAGUGAACUGUGGCCAGCGGCUGAGAAAUCACUUCACAAAUCGUUUUCAAUAAAAGUCAAAUGAAAAAAUAGAGAAACCCAAA